AUGGAGAAGGUCGGAUCAAUAGGCGACAGUGCCAGCUUCGCCGGAAAUGGGACUCUUAGGCAAUUGAAAGCCACGGAAAGUCACCGGAGGAAGAUGGAAACCUGGCAAGAUUUGGCAUUCCAUCGUCCGAUAAGCGAAGCCGCGGAACAGCAUACCGUCAAACAAAAGUUGGAUCGCACGGCCGUGGGAUUCAGUCUCCGCAGCCUGUCGCUCUCGGCCGACACCAUCAUGUUGAUCGCCUACCCAGGAGAGCUGUUCAUGCGAGUGUUGAAGUUGAUGAUCCUUCCGCUGGUGAUCGCCAGCCUGAUCAGCGGGUCUUCCAGCUUGAAUGCUAAGCUGAACGGCAAGAUUGCGUUGAGGACGUUCAUCUAUUUUGCUCUCACUUCACUCUUCAACGCCAUUCUGGGAACUACGCUGGUGCUGUUGAUACGGCCUGGAGAUCUGCGGAUGCAGGAAGCAAUUAUGGCCGAGGCAGAAGUUUCCGGUGGCAGGACCGUAACCCUGAUGGAUAGCAUUCUCGAUUUGGGGAGGAACAUUUUCCCGGACAACAUCUUCCAGGCGGCCCUGCAGCAAGCGCACACGGUGUACGUUCCCAAGGAAUCUGCCGGAAAUGGAAGUGGACUGUUGAUUCCGAUGGUCAGCCCCCAGCAGUCGAAACCGACCGCCCCACAGGCUGCCUUCAACUGGGACGACGAAGAAGAACUGAUCCGGAUCGUUGAAUAUCGGCCCGGGACCAAUACGCUGGGGAUCGUGUUCUUCUGUCUGGUGUUUGGAACUCUGCUCGGGACUCUUGGGAGAAAAGGUUACGUGGUAAUGCAGUUUUUUUCGGCUAUCUUCGAUGUGAUCAUGAAGAUGGUGACCGGAGUCAUGUGGCUUACUCCAAUUGGGAUCGGAAGCGUCAUUGCCGGGAAGAUUCUGGCUGUGAACGACAUCAGCUUGGUGAUGACCCAGUUGGCUUGGUUUAUCUUCACGGUUCUGUUUGGGGUGCUGCUGUAUCAGUGGGUGAUCAUUCAGAUGAUCUACUUCCUGUUCCUGAGGAAAAACCCAUUCAAAUUUUAUCUGGCAUUGAUCCAGCCGAUGUUGACCGCAUUUGCUACGGCUUCGACGGCAGCAGCUCUUCCAUUGACCUUCCGGUGUAUGAACGAGAAACUUAGGGUGGACACUCGGAUCACCCGCUUUGUGCUACCCAUUGGGGCUAACAUAAACAUGGACGGAACGGCGCUGUUCAUAUCGGUGGCAUCGAUUUUUAUUGCUCAAAUGAGUGGCAUGACGUUGAAUCUGGGUCAGGUUCUGACUGUGGUGCUAACCUCGACUGCUGCAUCGAUGAGCUCGGCUAGCAUUCCAAGUGCAGCCCUGGUGCUGUUGCUGGUUGUACUUACGGCGAUCGACGCUCCGAUGCAGAACGUUACGCUGCUGUUUGCCGUCGAUUGGCUUGUGGAUCGCAUUCGAACAACGAACAACUUCCUGGGCGAUUGCUACUGUGCGGCGAUCGUGGAGCACCUUUCCCGCCAGGAACUGAAACUCAGUCCGGAUCUCGGGAUCGAUUCGGUAGAGGGAGAAGAUCUGAACCACCGACCGACAUCCACCACCUACCGGGACGAUGACGAACUUACGUUGGACGACGAGGGCAAAUUUUCGACCGGAAAUCGACGAACUUUGGAAGUUUAAAAAGUCGUAGUUAACAUCAGAUUGUAUUGGUGAAUAAAAUUAAAAGUAAUGGGACCACAAGAAUUUACUCCGAGUGACAAUUGAAGGAAUACUAAUAGUCCCCAGUUAGUGAUACAGUACAGUGGAAAAUAUUUUCUAUAGAAAAGUAUUAAAAAAAGUCAGCAUAUGUGAUAUUAUUUUGUUGUUAAAUUGUAGCAAGAGAUAAUAAAUUGGAUAUCAAUUUAGUAGAA